AUGACAGAAAAUAUUAAUAUCGUGGAUGGGGUCACCAUCAUAGGUUACUUUAUUGGAAUCUUAAUUCUUGGAAUAUGGUCGUCAUGUCGUUCGAAACGUACGAGUACUGCUGGAUAUUUUCUGGCGGGACAAGAUCAACACUGGUUCAUUAUUGGUUGCUCACUAUUUGCUAGUAAUAUUGGUGCUCCUAUGUUUAUUGGUCUAGCGGGAGCUGCAGCGGUUAACGGUUAUUCGGUUACUAUAUUCGAAUGGCAUGCUGUGUUUUUAUUAAUAGCUCUAGGUUGGUUGUUUGUACCGGUUUAUAUCUCCUCUGGGACAUAUACCAUGCCAGAAUAUUUAAAGCUAAGAUUUGGGGGAACAAGACUACAACUGUUAAUGUCCUCGCUAGCCUUACUAACAUACAUUGUGGUUAAAAUAUCGGCCGAGAUCUAUGCUGGAGCGUUGUUUCUGAAUCUUCUACUGGGAUGGAAUCUGUAUUUGUGUAUAAUCACAAUUUUGAUCGUAACGGCAUUUUACACCAUAACAGGUGGUCUAACUGCUGUGCUCUAUACAGAUACAUUACAAACGGUCAUAGUUUUAGUUGGUGCUACUGUACUGAUGGUUAUAGGUUUGGUUAAUGUUGGUGGUAUGGAAGGGCUAGAGAAGGGUUAUAUGGGCGCAGUCGCUAAUUAUACACUCAAUAAUGUAUCUUGUGGUUUGCCUAGAAAUGAUUCCUUCCAUAUCUUUAGAAAUAUAGAGAAUGGUGAUCUCCCAUGGCCUGGGGCAGUUUUUGGAUUGACUAUAUUUGGACUGUCUGUUUGGUGUUCGGAUCAGCUAAUGGUACAGCGCUGUCUUUCGGCUAAAAAUGUUAGCCAUGCAAAAGGAGGAACAUUACUAGCUGCGCUAUUGAAGAUCACCCCGUUCUUCUUAUGGAUAAUACCUGGUAUGAUCAGCCGAGUACUUUAUCCUGAUGAAGUAGCUUGUGCCUCACCAGAGAAAUGCUAUGAUAUUUGUGGUAAUAAAGCUGGUUGUAGCAACAUAGCAUAUCCAUUAAUGGUCUUGAGACUCUUACCACAAGGUCUCCGUGGACUCAUGAUAGCUGGCAUGUUAGCAGCUUUAAUGAGUACCUUAACAUCCAUCUUCAACAGUGCCAGUAGUAUGAUCACUAUAGAUCUAUGGAAGAGGGUGCGUCCACAAGCUUCCCAGAAUGAAAUGAUGGUUGUUGGACGCCUGGCAGUUGGUGUAUGUGUUAUUCUCAGCAUUCUAUGGAUACCUAUACUGCAGACUACUCAGGGAGGACAGUUGUGGUUAUACCUUCAAGGCGUCAUGUCUUGUGUCGCUCCACCUUGGACGGUUUUAUUUCUUAUGGCUAUUUUCUGGAGGAGAACUACAGAACAGGUUUGGUUAUUGGAUUCUCAUUUCACAAAACAUUUGAUCGCCAAAAAAUAG